UAAAGUUGACCAGAGAAAGCUCGCGCUUGAGAAAUAUUUGCAACACGUGAUUUCACUUAAAUGGGAUGACGAUCAAGAUCUACGUGAAUUUCUCAAAUCAAACGUUAUCGAACAAUAUACAGCCGAGAAUCAGCCUGGUUACAAGGAAGGCUACUUGACAAAACGGGGUAAGAGUUUUGGCAAGUGGAAAACACGAUACUUUGUCAUCAAAAAACCAGUUUUGGAAUAUUAUGAAUCGAAAGAUGGUCACCAUCUGGGUUCGAUCCGCUUGGCCAAUGCCCAGAUUGGUCGACAACAGACCAAAAACCUCGCGGAUUCAGAAGCUCCAGGAAGCGAAAAUGCGUAUCGGCACGCUUUCUUAAUUAUGGAACAGAGAGGUGGUUUAAAAGGCCCUGUUAAGCAUAUUCUAUGUGCUGAAAGUGACGCAGAACGUGACGAAUGGGUUGAGACCCUACUUCAGCAUGUAGGCAUAGAGGAAGAAACUCAAGAACGUAAAAAGGACAAGGCUGGGAAGGAAGCGAAGAAGAAGUUGAGCGUCGUCAAAUUAAACGCUCAAAUAAUGGAAUUUGCUAUGCAACAAGCGCAAACUGAAACACGUAAUGAAAGGGCGCCUCAUCAACGUCAUGGAACGAGCGAAUCGGUCGCCUCUAAUUUCAGUUUAGCAUCUACUACUCAUGAACAAACGUCGCCACUUUCAACAUCUCCACACACAGCGUCUCCGCUCUCGGCGUCUCCCAAUACUCACGUACUUUCUUCAAAUAACCUCCCAUCCAACCCUAUAUCUCAAAACGAAAAUCACUCACAUCUCGGCAUAUCCGCCGGGCAACCUCUACGUGAUAGAUCACGCAGUCACACGCCCGAGGGCAGGGAUUCGCAACUGCAAGAAAACUCUAAUUUACAAGCAUAUCAGUCGUAUACCCAAAUUCUUAGAGAACCUAAUUUAAAUCUUAAUGCCGGAUCAUUCCGUAAAUCAUUGGAUGAUCCUGACAAAAAAGACAGAAAAGGGGUUCGCAUGACUUUCUUUGGAAAGAGUAUGUUUGGCUACGGAAGUAAAGAGGAGAAAAAGAAGAGUAUUUUAGCAUCUUCGGGUGUCCCUAAAACUGUAUUUGGAGUGCCUUUAGACCAGGCUAUUGCUGUCGCAAGAAUAAAAGAGGGGUACGAGUUACCGGCCAUUGUGUACAGAUGUAUAGGAUAUUUAGAUGCGAAGAAUGCUGCGUACGAGGAAGGAAUUUACCGGCUGAGCGGAUCAUCGAAUACCAUCAAAAUGUUGAAGGAGCGAUUUAACACUGAAGGUGAUAUUGAUUUAUUGGCCGAGACGAAUCAAUAUGAUGUACAUGCUAUUUCUGGUCUACUCAAAUUGUAUUUGCGAGAGCUACCUACCCCUGUGCUGACUCGGGAUUUGCAUUCUGAGUUUGUCAAUGUCGUUGAUCUUCUUGAUCGCCGAGAACGGAUCAACGAACUCGGUAGGCUUGUAUCGGCUCUCCCAAUUCCAAACUAUACUCUACUACGCACUUUAAUUGCGCAUCUCAUUCACGUUGUACAAAAUUCGGAUAUCAACAAAAUGACAGCACGAAAUAUCGGGAUUGUCUUUUCACCUACUUUGGGCAUACCCGUUGGAGUAUUUAAUCUCUUUAUGGCAGAAUUCGACUAUAUAUUCUUUACAAAUUCUGAUGGGCUAGCGGCACCACGAACAAUCGGGCAAGAUCCCGCUGAUGUCGAGUCAGAUCGACCAGAAGCGUCCCAUCAGCCAGUUGAUGAGAACGCGAAUUCUAUUAAUGAACCAAUAUCACCGACACCACUUCGUUACAGAGACCUCCGCGAUGAACUAGGUGGUAGAAGUAACCGUAACAGUGUACACUAUAUGGACAACGUACCUGAAGCGUUAGUCGGACUGGAAAAGAAAAUCAUAGAGAAAUCUAUUGCAACAGUUGUCGGUGAUGACGAGGUAAACGACCUCGAUCUUCUGACAGAGGAAGACGAGGAUAUCUACCAAGACUCAGGUGACGAAGCUUCCUCACCUCAACUACUUGCACAAUUUCCGAUUCCGCCAGCUCAAGAUACACGAUCUGCUCCACAGUCUCCACUAAUAUCUUCCCAACAUCCGCUUCUCCCACGAUCCAAUUCUGUACCCGUAGGCUUGCAGGCAGGGCCAUCACACAUGCCACCACAACAAACUCCUUUACCCAGCGACGAAUUCAUUGCAUCACAAGAUGAUACUCUAGGGGAGAUGGAAAUGGGGAAGAAACGGAGACUAACUGUAAGGAAUUAUACAUCACAAGACUCGAUGUUUGAAAUAUAUGAACAACACAGACAGGUAGCGGCGGAAGAAUUCGUAGCUGUCGCUGAAUUCGGAAAGAGCAAUGUAGUUGCUGGGGUAAAUUAUACAUUCGGUACAAAAGAAGCACAGCCCGAAGAAGACCCAAGCGUAGCAGCACGCUUGCAGAGGCUUCAGAACGAUUAUGAAACAAGCGGAAUGCGUAGGACUGUGGAGGGAGUCCUAGUAGUGCACGAACAUAAUCACCCGCAUGUUUUAAUGUUGCAGAUUGCAAACAGCUUCUUCAAAUUGCCUGGCGAUUAUCUUCGACCAGGUGAAGAUGAAAUUGAAGGCCUUAAAGCAAGAUUAGACGAACGGCUUGCUCCCGUUGACAAAGACAAGACGUCUAAUGAUCAUAAUUCAGACUGGGAAAUCGGGGAAUGCUUAGCCGUCUGGUGGAGACCUAAUUUCGAGACGUUUAUGUAUCCGUAUAUUCCGGCGCACGUGACAAAACCGAAGGAACAAAAGAAAAUUUUCUUGGUGAAUUUACCUGAGAAAAAGGUUCUUUCGGUUCCAAAAAAUAUGAAGUUGCUCGCCGUUCCUCUUUUUGAAUUAUACGAUAAUGCGCAGAGAUACGGACCACAACUCUCAGCCAUACCACAUUUACUGA